AUGAAUUCUGAUUCUGCCGUCACUCUUAUACCUAUCCUUCAACAAAGAUGUGAUACUCUAAGAAGUAAGAUCGCAGAUUUUACCCUGGUAAAUCAGGCCUUACAAUUGAAAACGUAUCAGCUACUAAAUUUCAUCAAUCGUCAAGAAGAUUUCUCCGGUUUAAUUACAAAAGAAUACGAUGAAGUCUCCAAUGAUAUAAAUAUUGUCCAGUCGGCUAUUGAUAGGUAUACAUGUGAAUUAGAAGAUUGGAGAUCGAAACUUGAUCAGUAUAUGAUGAUGAUGACAACAAUGAUGCUAAACAAUAACAAUAAUAGUAGUAGUAAUAAUACUAUAAGCGGUAGUAAUAAUGGUGAAGAUAUUGCCAAUUUGGUGUCAACAUCGAAUAAGAUGAUGAAUGGAUCAUCACAACCUUCUAUUCCAUUACUUUCAUCAUCAUCCAUUACUUCGAUUCAAACAGAUAACGCAUCAUCGACAGAACUCAAAGCAAUGCUGUCAAUAACAUCUACAACGACCAAGUUACGCCUGCGUGCCAACCUACCGAAUAGUCAGUUUACCCUGGUUGAGAUUAAAUCCGGCCAACAAAUCAAACAUGCAUUAGAGAAGAAGUUGUCACAUCGUGGUUUGCAUUUAGAACAGUUAGUUGUAUAUCGAGCACGCACAGGUCUACCAGUUUCAUGGGAAGAUGAUGCUGAACAGAUAGCCUUAACUGGUGAAGAAUUGAUAGUAGAUUUUGCGCGACGAAAUGUCAAACGACUAGAACAUCAUUUUCAAAGAAAGACAUUUUUUGAAAAAGCAUACUGUAAUCAAUGCCAUAAAUCAAUAUUUCAUGGUGCUAUAUGUAAAACCUGUGGAUGUGCUUAUCACAAUCGUUGUCUUCCACGUGUUGAUAAGAAUUGUUUAUCUGCUUUGGAUGAUGAUGUUUUCUAUGGUGGCGACCAAUCAAGUAGUCGAAAUUCAUCUAUACAUGGAUCGAAUUGGUUAGUACCUGCAAGUGCAACGCCUGGUUACACACGCUUUCAUCAUUUUAACCCUGAUGAUAUAACAACAGUACGUGUAUUGACUAAUUCAACUGGUGGCGGUGUUAGUGGUAUUGAUGGAAACAGUCUCUUACCGAAUGGUCAAUGUUUUCCAGGAUCGUUAACAUCGUCUGGAGGUCAUUUUCCUCGUCAGUGUUUAACACUCACAUGUAGAGAACGUUCAUCAUCAACACCGAAUGUGUCAAACAAUUUAAUUCCCCCAAAUCAACAAAGAACUGUAUUCAUGCCUAGUUCGCUGGGAAAGCGAGAAGCGAACAAAAUUAUUCAAGGAUCUCCACUGCAUAUUGUCUAUCCAGUUACGAAUCAUACUUCCACACCUGGUGGUGUACCAGAAAGUCCGUCAAUUGUUAGUGAUGCCUAUUUCACAUCAAAUCUUGGAUUACCGCAUAACCAGAGAUCUGGAAGUGAUCCAAAACAAUCUAUGAAGAGACGUAGUUCGAAUGAUGAAUGGGAAAUCAAUGGACAAGAAAUUACUAAAGGCCCACGUAUUGGUUCAGGAUCAUUUGGAACAGUUUUCAAGGGUUAUUGGCAUGGAAAUGUUGCUAUCAAAGAGUUGAAUGUUGUAGAUCCUACACCUCAGCAAUUAAAAGCAUUCAAAAAUGAAGUCAGUGUAUUAAGAAAAACACGACAUGAAAAUAUCUUGUUAUUCAUGGGUUGUGUUUCUAAGCCGUGCUUAGCUAUUAUAACUCAAUGGUGUGAAGGUUCUAGUUUAUAUAAACAUCUUCAUGUGUUAGAGCAUCGUUUUGAUGUGUCAGAGUUGGUGGAUAUUGCCAGACAAACAUCACAGGGAAUGGAUUAUUUACACGCGAAGAAUAUAAUACAUCGUGAUCUAAAGUCAAGCAAUAUCUUCUUACAUGAUCGAACUGUAAAAAUCGGCGAUUUCGGUUUGGCUACAGUAAAAAGUCGUUGGUGGAAUACUGGUUUUCAACAGCCUACGGGUUCUAUAUUUUGGAUGGCACCGGAAGUUAUUCGUAUGGAAGGGGAAACACCGUACACUAAUCUUUCAGAUGUUUAUGCAUUUGGUGUAGUUAUUUACGAAUUGAUCUCUGGUCAACUCCCCUAUUUACAUUAUAAUAAUCGUGAUCAAAUCUUAUUCCUUGUUGGUCGUGGUCUAUUGAAACCAGAUACAAGUGCUUGUCGUGCAGAUAUACCACAUCAAUUACAACGUCUAUCUAUGGAUUGUUGUAGUUUUGAGCGUGAGAAUCGACCACCAUUUACUCAGAUAUAUCCGUGUCUAGAUUCACUGUUCCGAUCUUUACCAAGACUUCACAAAUGUUCAUCAGAACCCAAUGUAAAUGGUGCUGCACGUGUUGCUGCUGCUGCAGCGGCUGCUGCCAAUGCCUCAGGAGCACCAGGUACUGAGCGUGCUAACUAUGAUGAUAAUGAUGAAACUAAUUCCACGGAGACAACAGCAACAGCAGCGAAUUGUUUCUUAAGUCUAUCACCAAAGACGCCAUACAACGCGACAACUUUGACUGAUGAUUUCUUUUUCGCAAGUAGUCGUAAAGUGGAUACAACACCAAUUUCACCAUCUAGUGUAAUUGGCCAGUUAGAUUUAUUGAGUAACGCUACUCCUAACACGGCUGCCGCUGCUAAAAUGUCUAUUAUAAUUAAUCAAUCUCCUCAUCCAAAUUGUGAAGACGAUACUGGCCAUGGUGUUGA